UCCGGUUGUGUUCUUCUGGAGCUAUCCAACGGUUGCCGUGGAAACAAUAAACAGGUCGACAGUCGGGCGCACCGUGCACCGGAGUUAGCUAGCUAGCUAAUACACCAUGGACUUUACUCUGCAACCGUCUGACCACACCGUGAAGCAGAGCCAAAGAAAGGGCUCCUGUCAAGAAUGAGAGCUGAUGUUAAUAUGGAGGCCACCAGGUCCAAACAGUCUGUCCAGCUGGGGCACCAGACUACUGAGAGACGCUGCACACCAUGCCCAGACAGCGGGGAAGCAGGAGGCUCAUCCAAGGAUCAGAAGGUCACAGCUGUGGUCCAGCAAUGCAACCAAGAUGAAGGCAAAAGCCCGCAAACAAGUACACCUCCUGAGGGUAAAGUUCGCCACAGUUUUGUCAGAUUACCUGCUCUUAACCCAGAAAGAGUGAAGACAGCCAAAGCUCUUGUGGACAAAGCUGUCAAGAUGCGUAAGGUCUUUUAUGUCCAGGGCCCUUACCCUGUCAUCAGGGCAGCAUUGAGGUCCAGAGGCUGGGUAGAGCAGCGUGUGCACCCCCCAAACCACCAUGCUCACCAGCGCCACAGCGAUGAGGGCAGAGCCAGCUCUAAUGAUGCUGGUGACAGUGAUGACGACGACGGUGAUUCAGAUGAAAGUAUGACUGUUUCAGAAAUGCUAUUACUGGGUGUGGAUAUCUAUCUAUAUCCCAGCAUUAAUUUACAAUACUUAUUUUUCUCAGACAGCGUCCAGAAAGAGCAGGAUCCAGAUGGACUAUAUAAUCUCAUGUCUCGACUGGUGCGGAAUGAAAUGGUUUAUUUCUAUUGGACAAACCGUAGAGACGCCAUCAACAACAACAGCUUGCAAAAAGAACAGAUCACCAAUCAUUUUGCAAAAGCAGGCAGCUUCACCACCAAGGUGGGGUUGUGUGUGAACCUUAGGAACCUGCACUGGUUUGACUCAGCUGACCCAGACACCUUCUUCCCUCGCUGUUACAGACUAGGAGCAGAGGAUGAGAAGCACGCUUUUAUUGAGGACUACAAGAGGACUGCCUGCUCCAGUUUUUUGAAGUACAUUGUGGAGAGGGAGCAGGUUGUUCAGGGAGAGGGAACGAGCCACAACCUUCAGGAGAGAAAACUAGGCAAACGGCACUCUAGACCAGUAGUCCUUUCCAAAAUGGUUAAGAGCGCACUCAAAAUGUGCCACGAGUUUCUUGAGAGUCUGCAGCAUAAUGACAUAGACAUGAACUUGGAGACACCACAAACACUUACAAAGGAGGAGUGGGCAGAGUUUAUCAACAGUUACUACCUUGUUGUUCAUGGAGGAGCAGAGAUCGAGAACAGUGAUCAUUUUGUGACCUGCUGCAAAGCCAUGUUACAGAGGCUGGCGGAGGUCAGUCCACAACUGCACAUAGAUGGCAUACACAACAUCUGGAUCAUCAAACCUGGAGCUAAGUCCAGGGGAAGAGGUAUCAAAUGCACCAGGCGUUUGGAUCAGAUCCUCAGGCUGGUUGACGGUAAUCCAACUCUAAUCAAAGAAAGCAAGUGGGUGGUGCAGAAGUACCUGGAGCGCCCCUUGCUGAUCUAUGGCACCAAAUUUGACGUGCGGCAGUGGUUCCUGGUCACCGACUGGAACCCCCUGACUGUGUGGUUCUAUAAAAAGUGCUAUUUGCGCUUCUCUACGCAGCCUUACUCGCUAGAUACGCUGGAUAGCUCUGUCCACCUGUGCAAUAACUCCAUCCAGAAGCACCUGAGACCCUCCCAACAGCGUCAUCGUGGUAUCCCAGCAGACAAUAUGUGGUCGGAUGACCAGUUCAGGACCUUUCUGUCCAGCCAGGGCCAAGAAGCCCAGUGGCAAACAGUAGUAGUCCCCGGGAUGAAAAAAGCUGUGAUCCACGCAUUACAGACAACACAGGAUCUGAUGGAGUCACGCAAAAACACAUUUGAGCUCUAUGGUGCUGACUUUAUGUUUGGUCAUGACCUGCGUCCAUGGCUGUUAGAACUUAAUGCCAGUCCCACUAUGGCUCCCUCCACGGCUGUGACAGCCCGCCUCUGUACCGCUGUGCAGGAAGACACAUUACGAGUUGUCCUGGACUGGCGAGCAGACCGCACUGCAAACACUGGAGACUUUCAGCUCAUAUAUAGACAGGCAGCAAUUGAUGUGCCACAGUAUGUAGGAGUCAACCUGCUUGUUGAGGGCUUCAAGGUCAAGUGUCCCUGCCCACUUCCUCCACUGAGGUCCUCCAACUGUUCAACACCGAAACGCCGCCGUCCUGUCAAAGAGAAGGAACCCGCAGGAGAAAAAGUAAAGCCUCUGCCUAAGAUGUUGUUGAAGAGUGCAGAGACUCAGGUCCAAAACAUCAGCAGUGGGGUUCUGCCACCUUCUCCUCUUCCUCCUGAGCUGCCUGGGCCCUUCCCUAUUGAAACUUUCACAAUUCACCUGCCAUUGACUGUGAAGUCCAUCCACGUGCCUAUUAGUGGCCAGUCUCACUCUGUACUUUUGUGGAAGAGGAGACCAGAAGUAUCAAAAGUCUGCUCAGAGAAAGACCAACCCCGUACCAUAGAGAAGCACCAAGGCCCUUCAUUGUCUUUGGAGAUUAAUGUUCCAAAACAGUCCAGACAAGCAACCACCAGCACCUUGAGUGCCUAAAA